AUGACAAAGAAGAUUCCAGCGGAAGAAAAACUAAAUAGGAAGCCUAUUGCACGGGCUUGUGUGUUCUGUCACGAGAAGCAUUUGCAGUGUGAUGUGGGAAGACCCUGUCAAAACUGUUUGAAAAGGAAUAUCAGUGAAUCAUGCAGGGACAAUGUUAGGAAGCCAAGGAAAGGACGUGCUAGGUGUUACAGCGGAGGUGUUCCCGGGGUGGUGGAUGUGAUGAAGGGUGAGGACGGCGGUGGGGUUGGUGGUGGGGGUCGCGUGCGAGUGAUGGGGAAGAAGUUAGAGGGGGGUAGGAUAACGGCAGGACGGAGGAGGGGUGAUGGGCAUAUGGUUGGUGGUAAUGUGAACAAUAACCACGAGCAUGUCAUUGGGAGAAGAUAUGUUGGUGGUGGUGCAAUAUCUUUGAUACCUGAUAAUGAGGGGACUGCAAAUCAGUUGGAGUCGGAGAUUGUUGGGGCGAGUCCAAAGGGCAGCAGCGUGAUGCAGAAGCCCAACGGGGUUUCCAAAUCGAAAAAUCAGGUUAAAACCUCACCGGAUGCCUUGCUCAAUGUUCGUAGCCUUGACUCAUUUUUCAACCCUAACGUUGAUACGAUUAUUAAUGAAGCUUUGUUAACAGCAAAUACGUAUCCUACUAGUGCCACAAGCCUGGGCGCACAAGUCGACGAAGCUAUAGCAUCUCAAACUUCAGAUGGACAUGAAACAGACGAUGUCAGUUUUGACAGUAUAUGGGCUUCUAAUGAAUAUAUGAUGCUAAAUGAGAUGCUAAGCACCCCUUACAUGUCCCGAUAUGAUUCUAGGACAAAUCUCUCCUCAAUAGUUGAGACAGAAAGAGAUGUGAUGUCCAAGGUUGAUGAUUCUUUUAUUAACAGCCUAGAUCCCUCUAAGCAAGUAAACCCAAACGAAUUGAUGGCUGAUCAGACACCUUUAUUCAGAACUAUUUCUAGACCUCAUAUCUCAUUAGAUAUUGCAGCAUUAGCACCUUCAUACCAGAAUGAUAGCUGUUCAGCCCUUCCUCCCAGUGUAGAAACCAAUUUACCAUCAGACGAAAUACCUUUGAGUGUUAAUGAUUCUGAAUAUUUUACUCCAUAUAAAUUUCGGCAGUUAGUAAAGACUCCAGAAGAUCUUUACCAAUACCGCGACAAAAUAAUGCCUCAUAAUUACCGUCAGGCCUACCGGGAGCUGCUGAUAAUACUUCGUCAGCGAUUUUUAGAAUCCGAGGACGAGUUAACUAAGGUCGAGGGACCUAAACAAUUGCAUGCAAUCGCGCAGUCGAUCAAGCUUUAUUAUGCGCCAAUAUUUGUUACGUUGACAUCUAACUUAAUCGAAAGCGAUUUGAAAAUUCAAGAGUUUAUUUUACAGCGUACACUACUGGAAUAUGAGAAUAUGUCCAAGAUGGUCAACUGUAUUCCUAUGUGUAUAUGGAGACGUUCAGGUGAGAUUUCGUAUGUCAGUAAUGAAUUUCUGUCUCUCACUGGGUUUUCCCGGCAAGAGAUGCUUUUAAAGAGAAGAUUCAUCCUAGAAUUCUUUGACAAUUGUAGUAUUGUGGAGUAUUUUCUACUUUUUAACGAGUAUUUGGCAUUUGCGUCGAAGGAGGGAUUUUCAGGGACAUCUGACGGCCAGGCGGUAUUUAGUGAAUGUAACCUGCUCUUAGCAAAUGACAACUUUUUAAAAUGUGCCUGUAUUUGGACAGUUAAACGAGAUAGUUUUAAUAUACCAAUGUUAAUAAUGGGUCAGUUCCUACCGAUAUUUGAUGCAGAUCAAAAUUGA